AUGUCGACACAGUACGCCAGCGAGCCCAAUCCGACCGCAUCAACGACCUUGAAUACGACGGUCGGCCCUAUCCAUAUCGCCCUAUUCGCCAAACAAGCGCCUCUCACAUGCAAGAAUUUUCUCCAACACUGCAAAGACAACUACUACGCGGGGACGAUCUUCCACCGUGUCGCGACGGACUUCGUUAUCCAAGGAGGUGACCCAACGGGGACUGGUUCUGGAGGUACUUCCAUCUACGAGUACCCCGAGUUCGAAUAUGACCCCGAAGCGCGCGACCCGAACGAGCGGGUGGUGCUCCGAGAUGAGAUACACAGUCGGUUGCGCUUUAAUCGGCGUGGGCUGGUCGGCAUGGCGAAGAGUGAAGAUGGGACUUAUGGGAGUCAAUUCUUCAUUACUUUGGCAAAUACAGAGCGGGAGAUGAAUGGGAAAUGCACCUUGUUUGGUCGAUUAGAGGGUGACAGUAUCUAUAACGUGCUGAAGAUCGCGAGCGCUGAACGCAUCGAAGGCUCCGAGCGCCCUGUUUACCCAAUCAAAGUGACAUCGUGUGAAGUAGGAGAGUUGGGGCCUCUGACCGGGAAGUUGAAGGACAGGCAAAUUGUCUCGAGCACAUCGGGGGGCGACAAGCCUGCUCCUAAAAAGAAGAAGAAGAACGCCAAGGCCGCUAAGACUUUGCUGAGCUUUGGAGGAGACGAAGGAGACGAAGAUAUUCCUAUGCGUCCGGCCAAACCAAAAUUCAAUACGAACCUCGUUGUCGAUGCGCCAGGUGCCACUACCCACGCCCCAUCAGCGUCAACAUCCCAGUCAGAAGCGAAAGAACAAACCCGAAAACGACCGCGAUCCCCCUCUCCAAAACAACAAUCACCGCCAGCGCAUAAGCGACCAAAAACCCCUGAACCCGAAACUCAACUUCCAUUGCCGAAUCCGGAGUCGCCUUCUCGAUCACCGUCGCCCCCAGUGAAAGAAUCUAAAGCAUCGAGAAUGAACGCCGAAAUUGAAUCCUUAAAAGCUUCUAUGCGUCGCACGGUUCAUAAAGGCCCCGCUGAUUCUGGCCACAAGAAAUCCGCCCUCGAAGCUAUGAUUCCGGAGAAUGCAAUCCGUGGCCGUAGACGUCCUGCCGCCGGAGCUUCAGGCAGCGGGCCAAGGAAUGCAGAAGAGAUUGAAGCGCUGAAAAUGUUCAAUGCAUUCAAAGCCAAACUUGAAGGCGCGAAUACUGAAACAUCAGGCCCAACCUCGCGUGCCCACGCUCAUGAUAAGUCCAAAAAAGAAACCGAGGACGUCGACGAUGAAGAGGCGCAACUUUGUGAUCUCCACUUCAUCGCAAACUGCCAGUCCUGCAAAGCAUGGGAUGAUCCCGAGGCCGCUGAGAAUGACGAUGACGAUGAAGAUGACGGAUGGCUGUCACACGAGCUUCGCUUUGGGAAGGAUGCCCUCGGCAAAGAUCUGAACUGGAAAAAGGAUCAUCGGGACGACAUCGACUCGCUGAUGGUCAUUGACCCUCGGGAGAAAGAGAAGGAGAUUACGCGGGGCGGGCGUCGCCGAGGCCUGCAAAGAGAUCGUGAACGAGAGCGCAAACUUGAGCGUUCGGGUGAUCUAGAAUGGGGCAAAGACCAGCGGCGAUGA